CUACGGAGUAACCAAUUCAGAGUAAUUAUUUGGACGUAACACUUAAAUUCUAACUUAUUUUAUGAAAGUAUGCUGUAUCUGUGAGUGUUGAAAAAAGUGAAAGUUCUGACAGCAAACAUAUCUAAGGCCAUGGACAUGGACAUUGACAUGAUGAACUCCAGUUCUGACGAAGAAAUCCAAAGAGCGAAACAAGAAUUUAAACAUAAAAUCGAACAAAUAAAACGGAAAAAGAUUGGAAAAAAAAACAAAGGUCUCCUAAAGGCUCGUCAACCUGAAGACAGUCCCUGUUCUUCAAAAACGCAGACGCAUUUCUCAAUAGAAGAUACUCCAGCCAACCAACACAUUAAAGAUCCGACUGAAGAAAGUGUGCAUCCAAGGAAGAGAAGAAAACUAGAUGUAGAAACAGCAAAUAAGUCCGUUCUAGAAAAGACUUUUCUGAAAAGACCGGGAACGACUGACAAAGGAAAAUUAUACGAAGAUAUGAUUACCGCUAACGUCAUACUACAAAUGGUAAGCGACAGUAAGAUAGAAAAUUUUUUUAUUUCAUCGAACGAUGAAACGUUUGGUGAUUUUGACGAUUUGGUUAUCGAAACUCAGACAAGUAAGGGAACUAAAACAAAAGCCGUGCAAUUAAAACACAGUAAUAAAAAAAAAUAUAUUCAUAUAAAGGAACUAGUAAAAGAAAAAGGAAACUUUAGCAUAACCAAAUAUUUCAACUCGUUCCAAAAGAUAAAGGACAAAGCCCAACAAUUUAUAUUAUUCACCAACAAUAAAUUAGAAAUUUUGGACAAAACAAAAAUUCAAAUUCCAGGGCAAGAAUUUUACCUAAAACCGAUUAAAGUUUUAUUUUCGGAAAACAAUAAAGAAGGUUUAAGAGUUUCUGAGAUUAUAAAUUACUAUUACAAAUUUCAAAUUAUGUACGAUGCAUCGAUUGAACAAAAUUUGGAAAAAAAUCAAGAAUACCAAAAUUUUUUCAAAUGUUUCCGUUUUUAUGAUAACCAAGAAGGUUUAGAAACACUUCGAAAAUCAACGGAGGAUAAAUUCAUUAAGAUGUUUGGUUCCAACGAAGAAACUUUCAAGAAAUAUGUUGACGCCGUAACGGACUGGAAUAUGAAAGAAGAACUAAAGGAAAAACUAAGCAAAAAGACAAUGCAACGUUCAAUUGCACUUCGUUUGCUUUCUUCUCAGAUCAUACCUCUUAGUUUUGGUUCGGUCAACGAACAAAUGAAGAUUCUUCGAGACGCGAUUUCUCUCUUCGACGUUACCGUGUUAGAAGAAACAGACAAAAGCGAGGUGGUUACAAAACUGUGGGGUGACUUGAACAAAAAUGUUGACCUCAAAGAAGUGAAUAAAGUGCGAUCUCGUUAUUUUGCUUCUUCUGAAGAGGUAACUACAGUUGAAGAUGUAAAUGACAAUAUGUUGACACAAUUAUUAUGGUUGAUGGAUAAAUGUCCGCUCAUUGUGAAAGAACACGUCAACAUGGAAAAAGCUAUUAACCUCUGUCCAGAUGCAAAAUUUGUUAUACUUGGUGAAGGAAAAUGUGGAGAAUGGAUGAAAGAUAUUUCCGUGUUUCAAAAUUUGUCCAGUUUGAAAUCAAAAGGCGAAUUGUAUGAUAAAGUGCUGCAAAAAUUCACCAUCUCUAUACAAGGGAAAGAACCACUUAAUUUAGUGACUGCUUUCCAAGAAAAUGAUGAAAUUUUAAAAAAUGUAACUGUGAACAAACUUUUGGAAAUUUCAGAGGGUUCAUGCUAUGUAGGUGGAGAAAAAGAGACUUUUCCGAAUCUUUAUAUCGACAGAUAUUUGUCGGUCAAUAUCAUAGAUGUUAAAUAUUUACAACGUGCAGAUCAAAAUACUGUUAUCAUUCUGAAUUGCGAAGGAAAUUCUGAGCAACUAAAAAUAACUCAAGAGCAUACACUAAUAGAUAUAAACGAUUUUUUCACUUCCAAGGAUUCCAAAAUUUUUGAGACUGCACUUUUUAUACAGACUAAAAUUAAAUGCAGCGAUUCUGAUUUUCAAGAAAUUUGUUCUAAAACACCUACAUCUAAACGUAUACAUUAUUUUAAAUUUCUUAAUAAUAAAAAUUUAGAAUGGGUCCGUAGCAGAGGGGAUAUUAGUGAACUGCGGGAUUAUAAGUUACACAACCAUUCUGAAACCGAAAAUCAUUCUGAAACCGAGAACCAAGUUUCGUCUUUCAUAUCCGAUAACGAUUUUUUAAAUAGCGAUUCUAAAAGUGGGGAAGAAUUUACGUUUACCCAUUCACAUAAUAACAUAAAUCUAACAACAGGUGACGUAAGUAAACUGCAAAACAAUCAUUUAAGUAAUUUUUCUAAAAAUGAGAAAGAAUUUUGGUCUUUCGGGUUCAGUAAUAACAUAAAUCUAAUAAUAGGCGAUCCGGGAAUGGGCAAAACUGAAUUAACAAAAAGUUUAAAAAACAAUUGUUCUUCUCAAUAUUGGACGGUGAUAAUGAAUCCCCAAGAUAUUAAUUUACUUUUUAAAACUUUAAAAAAUUGUGAAACGUCGGAUUACUUAAAUCGGCUCGAAUCAUUCAUCUUCAACCAGAAAUAUCCACGUCUCGAACGGUUCGAUCGAGAGUUUCUUAAAAUGUGCUUGAAGCGAAACAUUGUGGUUUACGUAUGGGAUGCUCUUGAUGAAAUUUUAAGUGAAAAUUUGGACGCUAUUUCAACGUUAAUUCUUCUGUUAUCGGGAGAAGGUUUCACUCAAUGGGUUACCGCAAGGCAACACUUGAAGUCAUUUCUUGAAAACAAAUUUAAUGUGCUCUCAGUGAGUAUUAAUCAAUUCAGCCAGAGAGAGCAAGAAGAUUACAUUAGCAGACGACUUGCCAAUGUUUCUACGUCUGUCGACAUGAAGGAAACGAUCGACAAAAUUAAAUCCACGUUUGCAUUCACAAAACACAUAGAUAUUUUAGGAAUUCCACUUCAGAUCUUUAUGCUUACAGAAGUAUUUCUCCAAAAUAAAGAAAAAUACGAAGAAUUAUUCAACAACAAGUUUCUUUUGACUGAUUUAUACAGUUACUUCAUUGACGGAAAACUUAAGUUCUUCUUCGACGACAAAGUGCCUGCAAACAAUGCUUAUUGGGAAGAAGAAGCCAGGAAGAAAAAGGAAGAAAAACUAAAACACUAUGAAAAGUUGGCGCUUGGAGUAAUAUUUUCUGAAGAAAUUUUGAGGGAAUUAAAAAUCGACUGUUUACAAGAUGUAAAUUUAGUUUCUGAAGAUUUCGCUACCGUUGGUAUCAUAACUGCAUCACAUAAUGGGAUUCCACAGUUUGUACAUGCUUCCUUUGCCGAAUACUUUGUUGCCUUAUAUUUUUCUAAACAUUUUGAAAUGAUACCCUCGGAUACAUUUUUUGAUGAGAAAUAUAACAAUGUACGAUUUUUCUUUGACAUGAUAAUCGGUAAAAAUUCACCGGCGCACAUCGCGAUCUUGUACAGGAAUUUUAAUGAAUUGAGGAGUUAUAAUGGCGAAAUAAUAAAACGUAAAGAUCAAGGUGGAAGAAGUGCUUUGCACCUCAUUUGUUCUUGGGGACGAAGAUAUCCACGUUCAAAUGUGAAAGAACAAGACGAUUUUUAUAUAAUCGAUGACAACUUCGCUAGUGUUCCAGAAGAAACAAAAGAAUAUUAUAACGCAUUGUUAUUUUUGUUAGACGAAUGUGAAAUUUCAAAAGAAGAUGAGCUUCAAUACACGCCCCUAGCAUAUGCACGGAAAAGCCAAAGUUUGAUAGCGGAACUGGAAUUAUUACAGUCAAAUGAAUUACAAUUUCAACAGUCGUAUAAUGAAAGUGAUGUAAUUAAUAUUUUAUUUCGUUCUGCUCAACUUGGAUACGGCGACGCGAUUCAAAAGGUUAUGCCGACAGAUGCUUGCGUUUGCAAAAAAUUAGCAAAUUCUCGUAAUGCAUACUUGCAAACUCCCCUGUUUAUAGCGUCCGAAGUGAGACACGUAAAAGUUGGAAACGAUCGUAACGGUCGCAAUCGUGAAACAUCGCUUAAUGCAAAUAUCAGUUACGACCGGCAAAAAGUUAUCCAAAUUUUAGUUAAAUAUGGAGCCGAAAUCAAUCGCGCUGAUUAUAGUGGUUGGACACCGCUUAACGCAGCUUCCUUUCAAGGUCACGAACAAAUUGUCGAAUGCCUGAUGAAAUGCGGAGCCGAAAUCAAUCGCGCUGAUGAAUAUAGUCGGACACCGCUUUUAGCAGCUUCCAAUCAAGGUCACGAAAAAAUUGUCGAAUGCCUGGUGAAAUGCGGAGCCGAAGUCAAUCGCUUUGAUAAAUUUCAUUAUUCGACACCGCUUUACGCAGCUUCCUAUCAAGGUCACGAAAAAAUUGUCGAAUGUCUGGUGAAACGCGGAGCCGAAAUAAAUCGCCCUGAUAUAUAUGGUAAGACAUCGCUUUCCGCUGCUUCCUCUCGUGGUCACGAAAAAAUUGUCGAAUGCCUGGUGAAAUGCGGAGCCGAUAUAAAUCGCGCUGAUGAUGAUGGGAAGACACCGCUUUACGAAGCUUCCUCUCAUGGUUACGAAAAAAUUGUCAAAUGCCUGGUGAAACGCGGAGCCGAAAUCAAUCGCGCUAAUAAAUAUGGUGGUCAGACACCGCUUUAUGCAGUUUCCUCUCAAGGUCACGAAAAAAUUGUCGAAUGCUUGGUGAAAUGCGGCGCCGAAAUCAAUCGCGCUGAUUAUUAUGGUCAGACACCGCUUUACGCAGCUUCCUCUCGAGGUCACGAAAAAAUUGUCGAAUGCCUGGUCAAAUGUGGAGCCGAAGUAAAUCGCGUUAAUGAUGAUGGGAAAACACCGCUUUACGCAGCUUCCUCUCAAGGUCACGAAAACAUUGUCGAAUGCCUGGUCAAAUGUGGAGCCGAAAUCAAUCGCGCUAAUAAAUAUGGUGGUCAGACACCGCUUUACGCAGCUUCCUCUCAAGGUCACGAAAACAUUGUCGAAUGCCUGGUCAAAUGCGGAGCCGAAAUCAAUCGCGCUGAUAAAAAUCAUGGUCGGACACCGCUUUACACAGCUUCCUCCCAUGGUCACGAAAAAAUUGUCGAAUGCCUGGUGAAAUGCGGAGCCGAAAUAAAUCGCGCUGAUAAUUAUGGUCAGACACCGCUUUCCACAGCUUCCUCUCAUGGUCACGAAAAAAUUGUCGAAUGCCUGGUCAAAUGUGGAGCCGAAGUAAAUCGCGUUGAUGAUGAUGGGAAAACACCGCUUUACGCAGCUUCCUCUCAAGGUCACGAAAACAUUGUCGAAUGCCUGGUCAAAUGUGGAGCCGAAAUCAAUCGCGCUAAUAAAUAUGGUGGUCAGACACCGCUUUACGCAGCUUCCUCUCAAGGUCACGAAAACAUUGUCGAAUGCCUGGUCAAAUGUGGAGCCGAAGUAAAUCGCGUUGAUGAUGAUGGGAAAACACCGCUUUACGCAGCUUCCUCUCAAGGUCACGAAAACAUUGUCGAAUGCCUGGUGAAAUCCGGAGCCGAAAUAAAUCGCGCUGAUAAAUAUGGUCAGACACCGCUUUACGCAGCUUCCUCUCAUGAUCACGAAAACAUUGUCGAAUGCCUGGUGAAAUGCGAAGCCGAAAUAAAUCGCGUUGAUGACGAUGGUAGGACACCGCUUUACGCAGCUUCCUCUCAAGGUCACGCAAACAUUGUCGAAUGCCUGGUGAAAUACGGAGCCGAAAUCAAUCGCGCUAGUACAAAUGGUCAGACACCGCUUUACGCAGCUUCCUCUCAAGGUCACGAAAAAAUUGUCGAAUUCCUGGUGAAAUGUGGAGCCGAAAUAAAUCGCGCUGAUGAAGACGAGAAGACACCGCUUUACGCAGCCAGUUCUCAAGGACACAAAACAAUUGUCAAGUGCCUGGUGAAAUGCGGAGCAAAAAUUAAACCAGCAAAUAAAUGUGAGAACACAUUACUGUACGCAGCUUCCUCGCUAGGUCAUGAAAAAAUUGUCGAAUGCCUGGUGAAAUGCGGAGCCGAAAUAAAUCGCAUUGAUGAAGAUGGGAAGACACCGCUUUACGCAGCUUCCUCUCAUGGUCACUUAAAAAUUGUCGAAUGCCUGGUGAAAUGCGGAGCCGAAAUAAAUCGCGCUGAUAAUUAUGGUCAGACACCGCUUUACACAGCUACUUCUCAAGGACACGAAAAAAUUGUCAAGUGCCUGGUGAAAUGCGGAGCAAAAAUUAAUCCAGCUAAUAAAUAUGAGAACACAUUGCUGUACGCAGCUUCCUCACAAGGUCACGAAAACAUUUUCGAAUGCCUGGUGAAUUGCGGAGCCGAAAUAAAUCACGCUGAUGAAUAUGGUCGGGCACCCCUCCACGAAGCUUGCUCUCAAGGUGACGAAAAAAUUGUCGAAUGCUUGGUGAACUGCGGAGCCGAAAUAAAUCGCACUGAUAAAUAUAGUCAUACACCGCUGUACGUCGCUUCCUCUCAAGGUUACGAAAAAAUUGUCGAAUGCCUGGUGACACGCGAAGCCGAAAUAAAUCGCGCUGAUGAAGAUGGUCAGACACCGCUUUACGCAGCUUCCUUUCAAGGUCACGAAAAAAUUGUCGAAUGCUUGGUGAAAUGCGGCGCCGAAAUCAAUCGCGCCGAUAAAUAUGGUCAGACACCGCUUUACGCAGCUUCCUCUCAAGGUCACGAAAGAAUUGUCGAAUGCUUGGUGAAAUGCGAAGCCGAAAUCAAUCGCGCCGAUAAAUAUGGUCAGACACCGCUUUACGCAGCUUCCUCUCAAGGUCACGAAAGAAUUGUCGAAUGCUUGGUGAAAUGCGAAGCCGAAAUCAAUCGCGCCGAUAAAUAUGGUCAGACACCGCUUUACGCAGCUUCCUCUCAAGGUCACGAAAGAAUUGUCGAAUGCUUGGUGAAAUGCGAAGCCGAAUUCAAUCUAGCUGAUAAAAAUGGUCGGACACCGCUUUACGAAGCUUCCUCUCAAGGUCACGAAAAAAUUGUCGAAUGCUUGGUGAAAUGCGGGGCCGAAAUAAAUCGCGCUGAUGAAGAUGGUCAGACACCGCUUUACGCAGCUUCCUUUCAAGGUCACGAAAAAAUUGUCGAAUGCCUGGUGAAAUGGGGGGCCGAAAUAAAUCGCGCCGAUAAAUAUGGUCAGACACCGCUUUACGCAGCUUCCUCUCAAGGUCACGAAAGAAUUGUCGAAUGCUUGGUGAAAUGCGGAGCCGAAUUCAAUCUAGCUGAUAAAAAUGGUCGGACACCGCUUUACGCAGCUUCCUCUCGAGGUCACCAAAAAAUUGUCGAAUGCCUGGCGAAAGGCGGAGCAAAAAUUAAUCCCGCUAAUUAUUAUGAUAACACAUUGCUUCACGCAGCUUCCUCUCAAGGUCACGAAAAAAUUGUCGAAUGCCUGGUGAAAUGCGGAGCAAAAAUCAAUGGGGCUGGUUUAGAUGGUCGCACACCGCUUUACGAAGCUUCCUCUCAAGGUCACGAAAACAUUGUCGAAUGCCUGGUGAAAUGCGGAGCCGAAAUCAAUCGCGCUGAGUAUUAUGGUCGGACACCGCUUUACGCAGCUUCCUGUCGAGGUCACGAAAAAAUUGUCGAAUGCCUGGUGAAAUGCGAAGCCGAAAUCAAUAGCGCUGAUAAAAAUUGUGUAACACCAAUUCACGCAGCUUCCUCGCAAGGUCACGAAAAAGUUGUCGAAUGCCUGGUAAAAUGCGGAGCUGCAAUAAAUCGCGCCGAUAACCAUGGUAAGACACCGCUUUACGCAGCUUCCUCUCAUGGUCACGAAAAAAUUGUCGAAUGCCUGGUGAAAUGCGAAGCCGAAAUCAAUCGCACUGACGAUAUUUAUGGUCAGACACCGCUUUACGAAGCUUCCUCUCAAGGUUACGAAAAAAUUGUCGAAUGCCUGGUGAAAUGCGGAGCAGAAAUCAAUUGGGCUGGUAAAGAUGGUCGGACACCGCUUUACGAAGCUUCCUCUCAAGGUCACGAAAACAUUUUCGAAUGCCUGGUGAAAUGCGGAGCCGAAAUCAAUCGCGCUGAUAAAAAUCAUGGUCGGACACCGCUUUACGCAGCUUCCUCUCAUGGUCACGAAAAAAUUGUCGAAUGCCUGGUGAAAUCCGGAGCCGAAAUAAAUCGCGCUGAUAAAUAUGGUCAGACACCGCUUUACGCAGCUUCCUCUCAUGAUCACGAAAACAUUGUCGAAUGCCUGGUGAAAUGCGGAGCCGAAAUCAAUCGCGCUAAUGACAUUGGUGUGACAUCGCUUUACGCAGCGUCCUUUCAAGGUCACGAAAAAAUUGUCGAAUGCCUGGCGAAAUGCGGAGCCGAAAUAAAUCGCGCUGAUGAAAAUGUGGAGACACCGCUUUACGCAGCUGUUUCUCAAGGACACGAAUCAAUAGUCAAGUGCCUGCUGAAAUGCGGAGCAAAAAUUAAUCCAGCUAAUAAAUAUGAGAACACAUUGCUGUACGUAGCUUCCUCUCAUGGUUACGACAAAAUUGUCGAAUGCCUGGUAAAAUGCGGAGCCGACAUAAAUCGCUCUGAUAAAUAUGGUCGGACACCGCUUUACGCAGCUUCCUCUCGAGGGCACGAAAAAAUUGUCGAAUGCCUGGUGAAAUGCGGAGCCGAAAUAAAUCACGCCAACGAAGAUGGUCAGACACCGCUUUACGCAGCUACUUCUCAAGGACACGAACAAAUUAUCAAGUGCCUGGUGAAAUGCGGAGCAAAAAUUAAUCCAGCUAAUAAAUAUGAGAACACAUUGCUCUACGCAGCUUCCUCACAAGGUCACGAAAACAUUUUCGAAUGCCUGGUGAAUUGCGGAGCCGAAAUCAAUCGUGCUGACGAAUAUGGUCGGAUACCGCUCUACGAAGCUUCCUCUCAAGGUGACGAAAAAAUUGUCGAAUGCUUGGUGAAACGCGGAGUUGAAAUAAAUCGCACUGAUACAUUUGGUCAGACACCGCUUUACGUCGCUUCCUCUCAAGGUCACGAAAAAAUUGUCGAAUGUUUGGUGAAAUGCGGAGCCGAAAUAAAUCGCGCUGAUAAAUAUGGUCAGACACCGCUUUACGCAGCUUCCUCUCAAGGUCACGAAAAAAUUGUAGAAUGCCUGGUGAAAUGCGGAGCCGAAAUCAAUCGCGCUGAUAAAAUUGGUUGGACACCGCUUUACGCAGCUUCCUCUAAAGGUCACGAAAAAAUUGUCGAAUGCCUGGUGAAAUGCGGAGCCGAAAUCAAUCGCGCUGAUAAAAUUGGUUGGACACCGCUUUACGCAGCUUCCUCUAAAGGUCACGAAAAAAUUGUCGAAUGCCUGGUGAAAUGCGGAGCCGAAAUCAAUCGCGCUGAUAAAAUUGGUUGGACACCGCUUUACGCAGCUUCCUCUCGAGGUCACGAAAAAAUUGUCGAAUGCCUGGUGAAGUGCGGAGCCGAAAUAAAUCGCGCUGAUAAAUAUGUUCAGACACCGCUUUACGCAGCUUCUUCUCAUGGUUACGAAAAAAUUGUCGAAUACCUGGUGAAAUGCGGAGCCGAAAUCAACCGCGCUGAUGAUGAUGGGCCGACACCGCUUUACGCAGCUUCCUCUCAAGGUCACGAAAAAAUUGUCAAAUGCCUGGUGAAAUGCGGAGCCGAAAUCAAUCGCGCUGAUAAAUAUCGUGGUCGGACACCGCUUUACGAAGCUUCCUCUCAAGGUCACGAAAAAAUUGUCGAAUGCCUGGUGAAAUGCGGAGCCGAAGUAAAUCGCGAUGAUGCUGAUGGGAAGACACCGCUUCACGCAGCUUCCUCUCAAGGUCACGAAAAAAUUGUCGAAUACCUGGUGAAAUGCGGAGCCGAAAUGAAUUGUGCUGAUGGAAAUGGUGAGACACCACUUUACGCAGCUUCCUCUCAAGAUCACGAAGAAAUUGUCGAAUGCCUAGUGAAAUGCGGAGUCGAAAUCAAUCGCGCUGAUUAUUGUUGUUGGACACCGCUUUACGAAGCUUCCUUCCAAGGUCAUGAAAAAAUUGUCGAAUGCCUGGUGAAAUGCGGAGCCGAAAUCAAUCGCUUUAAUAAUGACGGGAAGACACCGCUUUACGCAGCUUCCUCUCAAGGUCACGAAAAAAUUGUCGAAUGCCUGGUGAAAUGCGGAGUCGAAAUCAAUUGGGCUGAUUAUUGUGGUUGGACACCGCUUUACGCAGCUUCCUCUCAAGGUCACGAAAAAAUUGUCGAAUGCCUGGUGACAUGCGGAGCCGAAAUCAAUCGCGCUGAUAAAGAUGGUCAGACACCGCUUUAUGCAGCUUGCUCUGGAGGUCACGAAAAAACUGUCGAAUGCCUGGUGAAAUGCGGAGCCGAGAUCAAUUGGGCUGAUUAUCGUGGUUGGACACCGCUUUACGCAGCUUCCUCUCAAGGUCACGAAAAAAUUGUCGAAUGCCUGGUGAAAUGCGGAGCCGAAAUCAAUCGCGCUAACAAAUUUGGUCAAACACCGCUCUACGCAGCUUCCUCUCAUGGUCACGAAAAAAUUGUCGAAUGCCUGGUGAAAUGCGGAGCCGAAGUAAAUCGCGAUGAUGAUGAUGGGAAGACACCGCUUCACGCAGUUUCCUCUCAAGGUCACGAAAAAAUUGUCGAAUACCUGGUGAAAUGCGGAGCCGAAAUGAAUUGUGCUGAUGUAAAUGGUCAGACACCGCUUUACGCAGCUUCCUCUCAAGGUCACGAAAAAAUUGUCGAAUGCCUGGUGAAAUGCGGAGCCGAAGUAAAUCGCGAUGAUGAUGAUGGGAAGACACCGCUUUACGCAGCUACUUCUCAAGGACACGAACAAAUUAUCAAGUGCCUGGUGAAAUGCGGAGCAAAAAUUAAUCCAGUUAAUAAAUAUGAGAACACAUUGCUGUACGCAGCUUCCUCACAAGGUCACGAAAACAUUUUCGAAUGCCUGGUGAAUUGCGGAGCCGAAAUCAGUCGUGCUGAUGAAUAUGGUCGGAUACCGCUCUACGAAGCUUCCUCUCAAGGUGACGAAAAAAUUGUCGAAUGCUUGGUGAAACGCGGAGUUGAAAUAAAUCGCACUGAUACAUAUGGUCAGACACCGCUUUACGCAGCUUCCUCUCAUGGUUACGAAAAAAUUGUCGAAUGUCUGGUGAAAUGCGGAGCCGAAAUCAAUCGCGCUGAUAAAAUUGGUUGGACACCGCUUUACGCAGCUUCCUCUCAAGGUCACGAAAAAAUUGUCGAAUGCCUGGUGAAAUGCGGAGCCGAAAUCAAUCGCGCUGAUAAAUAUCGUGGUCGGACACCGCUUUACGCAGCUUCUUCUCAAGGUCACGAAAAAAUUGUCGAAUGCCUGGUGAAAUGCGGAGCCGAAAUCAAUCGCGCUGAUGAUGAUGGGAAGACACCGCUUUACGCAGCUUCUUCUCAUGGUUACGAAAAAAUUGUCGAAUGCCUGGUGAAAUGCGGAGCCGAAAUCAAUCGCGCUGAUAAAAUUGGUUGGACACCGCUUUACGCAGCUUCCUCUCAAGGUCACGAAAAAAUUGUCGAAUGCCUGGUGAAAUGCGGAGCCGAAAUCAAUCGCGCUGAUAAAUAUCGUGGUCGGACACCGCUUUACGAAGCUUCCUCUCAUGGUCACGAAAAAAUUGUCGAAUGCCUGGUGAAAUGCGGAGCCGAAAUCAACCGCGCUGAUGAUGACGGGAAGACACCGCUUUACGCAGCUUCUUCUCAAGGUCACGAAAAAAUUGUCGAAUGCCUGGUGAAAUGCGGAGCCGAAAUCAAUCGCGCUGAUGAUGAUGGGAAGACACCGCUUUACGCAGCUUCUUCUCAUGGUUACGAAAAAAUUGUCGAAUGCCUGGUGAAAUGCGGAGCCGAAAUCAAUCGCGCUGAUAAAAUUGGUUGGACACCGCUUUACGCAGCUUCCUCUCAAGGUCACGAAAAAAUUGUCGAAUGCCUGGUGAAAUGCGGAGCCGAAAUCAAUCGCGCUGAUAAAGAUGGUCAGACACCGCUUUAUGCAGCUUGCUCUGGAGUUCACGAAAAAACUGUCGAAUGCCUGGUGAAAUGCGGAGCCGAGAUCAAUUGGGCUGAUUAUCGUGGUUGGACACCGCUUUACGCAGCUUCCUCUCAAGGUCACGAAAAAAUUGUCGAAUGCCUGGUGAAAUGCGGAGCCGAAAUCAAUCGCGCUAACAAAUUUGGUCAAACACCGCUCUACGCAGCUUCCUCUCAUGGUCACGAAAAAAUUGUCGAAUGCCUGGUGAAAUGCGGAGCCGAAGUAAAUCGCGAUGAUGAUGAUUGGAAGACACCGCUUCACGCAGCUUCCUCUCAAGGUCACGAAAAAAUUGUCGAAUACCUGGUGAAAUGCGGAGCCGAAAUGAAUUGUGCUGAUGUAAAUGGUCAGACACCGCUUUACGCAGCUUCCUCUCAAGGUCACGAAGAAAUUGUCGAAUGCCUGGUGAAAUGCGGAGUCGAAAUCAAUCGCGCUGAUUAUUGUUGUUGGACACCGCUUUACGAAGCUUCCUUUCAAGGUCAUGAAAAAAUUGUCGAAUGCCUGGUGAAAUGCGGAGCCGAAAUCAAUCGCUUUGAUGAUGACGGGAAGACACCGCUUUACGCAGCUUCCUCUCAAGGUCACGAAAAAAUUGUCGAAUGCCUGGUGAAAUGCGGAGCCGAAAUCAAUCGCGCUGAUAAAGAUGGUCAGACACCGCUUUAUGCAGCUUGCUCUGGAGGUCACGAAAAAACUGUCGAAUGUCUGGUGAAAUGCGGAGCCGAGAUCAAUUGGGCUGAUUAUCGUGGUUGGACAGCGCUUUACGCAGCUUCCUCUCAAGGUCACGAAAAAAUUGUCGAAUGCCUGGUGAAAUGCGGAGCCGAAAUCAAUCGCGUUGAUGUUGACGGGAAGACACCGCUUUACGCAGCUACUUCUCAAGUUGUACAAUUGUCAAGUGCCUGGUAAAAAGCGGAGCAAAAAUUAAUCCAGCUAAUAAAUAUGAGAACACAUUGCUCGAGGUGACGAAAAAAUGGUCGCCUGGUGAAAUGCGGAGCCGAAAUCAAUCGCGCAGAUAAUGAUGGUCGGACACCGCUUUAUAUAUCCUUAGAGCAAGGACACAUGAAAAUUGUAGAUUUUGUAGACAAAAAGAUGGAGCGAAGUAAUAAAAAUCAAUAACUGUCACACACAAAAUAUCCCGAUUGUACAUUUUUGUGACCUGCAUUAUUAAAAAUUUUUGAAUAAACUUUCAAUAACGAUGAAACAUGGCUUCAGAAUUACAUAAGUGGGCCAUGGUAGUAGAGUCUAGUACGAUUGCAAUCAGAGUAGGUAAUAGUAUAUUAGUCUUCAAAACACGCGCGAUUUUUCGAGCACGACGGGGCAGUCGGAGUGCCACGAAUACUUUACGCUAUUUUUUUUUGUUGGUACGUCUUGAAAUCAUCAUGUAUUAUUACUACAAUAAUGGAAAUAAGAAUUAAUAAUGUAGAAUGUUUGAAUUUGGGAUGUGCCAUCUGUAUACCUUUCGUUGUCAAGGAAAAUUAAUUUACAAUCUCUUAUAAGAUUAAUUGAUUGGCACCACAGACAGUUGUUACUGGUUAAUACAGCAAAGAUCGGAAGAAGCUUGUAAAAAAAGAAUACACAGGUUCAUGAAAUAGAUGGAAAAGCAAAAGGUAACACACAGAUGAACGAGCGGUGCUUGCUUACCUUUCUUGGGUUGUUCAUGUUGCUAUAGUAACUUUGAAACACGGCGUGCUUGAAAGUUGGAUUUAAACACGCUGAGGCGUACUUGAAUCAAGCAAAAUAAGGUACCAAUAAAAAAAAGUAUAUAGUAAGUUCCUUUAAAAAAAGUCUAUUACGUCUAAAGACAGUACACACUGUAAAGUUUAAAAUAAUCCAAGAACGAUAUAAGUUUGGUCUUUUGCUUUUUUUCUAUUAGUAAUAAUAAAAGAGGUAUCGAGGGAGGUGCACUCCAAUUCUAAUCCCCUAAUUCCACUUUGCCAAAGUUCAUCCAACAAUUUAUCAUUGUAAACAAGGUCAAAUGCUUUGCUCAACUCCAUUAGAAGACCGACGCAGUUUUUGUUUUUGUCAUUAUUUUCGUAAAGUUCGUUUAGCAAUUGAAUGAUUGCCGUUGACGCUAAUUUUCGUUGUGGAAAACCCAGUUGAUUGCGUCCAGUUUUCUCUACAAAUAUAUUAAAUCUUUUUGCAACAAUUGUUUCUAUAAUUUUGGAAUAGCAACUUAAGUUUGAAAUCGGUCAAUAAUUAGUCAUUUUAGUUGGAUCAUCAUUAUUAAAAGUUUUCUAAUUUAUUUGACAAUUUAGAAAUUUUCCAGCCUUAAAAGAAUUGUUUAUUAUGAUUGUUAAUAUGUUUCUUAUCUGAAGAGAACAAUGUUUUAAAAUGAUAGAGUUUAGUUCUGGCCCACAUGCAGUGCGAUUUUUUAGUUCAUUUGUCAUAUUAUAUCAUAUUAUAAACUUCAGAUUCUGUAACUGGUUUUAGAAAGAAAAAGAGAAUUCCUGAUUUUUAAGGUAGUAUUUUCACUGCAGUUUGAAGAUAUUUGGUUUUAUGUUAAGUCGAAUUUGAGUUUUCUCUUUGUUUUUUUGCCUGCUGUUCAAUUUUUAUUAGAAGAAGAUUCCAUUAAAUAAUUCUAAUAGUUCUUUUUUGCUGCGUCAAUUAAUUUUUUGUGUUCUUUUAUAACAUUUAUGCAGAAUUCUGGACGUGUACGUACCUUGUUGUACUCAGUUUUUCGCAAUUGUUUAUUAUUCAUGUUCAUUCGAUUUGAAUAUAAACUGUUAUUUUUUUGUUCAAAUUAAAACAUAUUUGACACGAUCAACUUUAUUCUCAAUAUUCUUAAGUUCACCGUGCUUUCAAAUAAAUCAACAAUGUUUUCUUAACUCCACAGAAUUUUUACAGUAGUUUUAGAUGAAUGAACAGGUUAUUGAAGCAGUAUUUUGAUUUCAAAUAAUUGUAGACUAUAGGACAUAGUCGAUGUCUCUGGUACAUUUUCUCGUAAAUUAACUUUCGAAAUAACGUCCUCCAUUUUUUCUUUUUCCAAGUAAAAUAAAAAUGAAAAACCACAAUAUAAAAUAUAGACAAAUGAUUUUGUAUUUAAAAUUUUUCUUUUUGACAACUAUACGUUCUGCCAGAGAACUGCAGCAUUUUCGUUUAGAAAAAAAUUGGCUGAUCUUGUGAAAAACCAUCGAAGCUGGAAAUUAUUAGAAGGCACAGUAAACUAAGGUGUCUCCGCAGUUUAAGACCACAAUGCAGCUAAAAUCUUCAUCGUCAUUAAACAACUACCAGAUGAACAUUCAACAACAACUUUUCCCAAGAGAAAUAGCGGGUUAGAAUACCAACUUUGAAGCUACAAAAAUGUCAAAAUGUGCCCAAUAGAAUCUUGAUCAUCAGAGGUUCGAGAACUUCAGAAAACGCAUUUCGGACAGAAACGUCGUUCUUUCUAACAACACGCCUGGAAAUGUACCCGGGGCAUUUUAAUGAAACACCAGGGUUAACCGGAUUGCAAAACUCGAAUAUUCAGAUCGUGCUAAGAUCGACAGUAAACUCAUUUUGUACCUACUCGUAUUGCUUAUAGGUAUAUUCUUCUCAGUGUCCGAAGGAUAUGUUGUGGUGCGACCGAACACGAUUUCAAUCAAAGUUACUUUGUGUCAACACGCCUUUUCUUAACAAACGUUCCGAGCGAAAGUCACUUUGAAUAAAAUCAUUUUUGGUGGCACCACUGUAAUUUUAGGUUAGAUUAGAUAUAGGUAUAUUUAUUCCAAUGUACAUAUGUAUAUAGUUCCAUAUGACUGAAAAAUUUCUAAACAAGGGAGACUGUGACACGUAGAGUUAGUACGUACUGCAAAGUGGUAGAACUUGUAUUAAUCACGGCCUCUCAUUGUGUGAAAUUUUUAAAUCGUGCAAAUUUGUACAUACCGUGUAUAAAUAGUAUAUUAUUAGCCAAGGUUGCAGAGCCAAGCAUUCUAGACCGAGCGCAAAUUAGAACCCGAGACGCGCAGCGUCGAGGACUCUGAAGCGCGAGGUCUAGAAGUGGCUUUACAACCGUGGUUAAUAUACUAUUUUUUUCAUUAGUAGAAACCAUAAGACAACAAACUGAAAAAAUAAACGUUCAAUUUUUUGACGCAA